AUGGCCGGUCUACUCCAUGCUCCACUACUCAUGCUGACCACUCUCAUGGUGGCUCUGAACCUGAGCCUGAGCCCUUUGUUGGUUCACACUCUGCAGAAUGACACAGAAAAAUUCAGUGUGCAGAAGAUUGGGGCCCCAGAGGCACUGCAAUAUGCUGUCAGCAAAUACAAUGAAAACAGCAAUGACUUGUAUCAGGAUGUUGUUGUGGAAGUGAAAGAUACAAAAGUCCAGCAUGAAGAAGAUGGAACAAAAUAUCUCUUCCAUGUGAUCCUAGGCCAAUGUAUAUGUUUGAAGUCCAAGUCUUCCUUUGCUUCCUGUCCCUUAAAUUAUCUGGAAGAGCGAAAAAACUGCCAUUUUGAGGUUUAUGUUGAGCAAUUGGAGAACCAGACGUCCCUGACAAGUUCCAAAUGUAACAAAAU